CUUGAGAUAAGCUCUGCCACUUUGCAUUUCUUCCUGUAGGUAUGGAAGGGAUGGAAGGUAGAAAUAAAUGAGAAGACUCAAAGUUGCUGGUUUGGCCUAAAAUGACAGGCAAAGACUAGUAUUGUAAGCCUUCAGAGGUAAAACGUUGACAGCAAAUAUGUAAGGUUUUAAUCUUGGGAUAUGUCAAGGGAAAGGUACUCUCCAAAAAUGUUUGUAUCUAGGUAUCCUAUGUGUAUCUGAGCUUCAUUCAGCUAGUACUAGUAAAUCUAUAUAAACAGAAAAUCUCAGUGUUGAAAGUGAAAAGUUAACUGGUACUUUUAAUUUAGAUAACAAGGCCUGUUAAAAGCAAAGGGGUAUGUUUGUGGCUGGUGGCAGGGAAAACUGAGUUUACCCCUGUCUCUGUUAAUCAUGGGUCUGUUAUAAAUCAUGGCAGCACAGAGGAAUAUAAGGUACUUGGAGUUGGAAGUGGCCUCUGCUGGUGCAGUAUGAUGUGGCUCUACUGCUUUCAUAUUUGAAAGCUGGCAUAGUCUGCCAGUAGUUCCUGAUCUCUGUGCUGCUCCCCUUUGGGCAAUAUAGCGAGUGCCCUUGCUUGCCCUUUCUUGUGUGUGUAUGUUUUGUUUUGUUUUUUUUUUUUACUUUAUCGGUGGUUUUCUCUUCAGUAGUCUGAAGAGUAAGCUGAGUUUCUAUUGAUAUGUUUGAGUAUCUGAAAUGUGUGCUUUGAGUUCCUGUAUCCUUUUUUUUUUUGAGUGUCAGACUGAAGACUAAGUAAUUUUUGACAUAAAAUAAAGAUAAUGGAGGAAAAGUAGUUCUACAGUAACUACAGGUGUGCUCAGUAUGUGCACCUUCUGUUAACUUAAUUUGGACACUCUGUUAUUGGCUCUUCUGGUUGGAGGAAAUGGCUAAAGAAGGUUCAUCCCUAGAAUAAGCAGUGGCAAAUAACCAGUUAAUUUAUCUGGGACUUCUUUUCAGCUAGGUGGUACAGCUGAGUAAAAGUAACAGGAAUUGGAAGUGCCAUCAAAGUGCAGUGUCAAAUACAGCUAUUCUGUGAAAUUCAUGGGCAAAAGAUUGUAGAAUCCGAGGAUGUAGGAGGAUAUUAUAGAAAAUGGAAGUGGAGAGUGUGUGUGAGUAAGGGGAAGAGAAGCUGUGAAGAGACCUACUGAUUUGUGGGAAGGGCAAUCUUGAAUGGGCUGGACUAAUCUGGUUUUAUAAUUCUCAUCUCUCUUCCAGGAUUAUCAUUGGAUUACUUUAGCCUCUUGCAUAUAUCACAGAUUACUUACCGUUUGCAGUCACUUGUUUCUCAAAGUCACUUCAUUGACUUAAAGAAGAAUCAGUAAUGUCAGCACUGAACUGGAAGCCAUUCAUCUAUGGAGGUUUAGCAUCAAUCACUGCAGAAUGUGGUACUUUCCCAAUUGAUCUGACCAAGACACGUCUGCAGGUUCAAGGUCAAGUUAAUGAUGCCAAAUAUAAAGAGAUCCGCUACCGUGGAAUGGUGCAUGCACUAGUGAGAAUAUGCAAAGAGGAAGGAUUGAAAGCAUUGUACUCUGGGAUUGCACCUGCAAUGCUACGCCAAGCUUCAUAUGGAACUAUAAAAAUAGGCACUUACCAAAGUUUGAAAAGAAUGAUUGUUGAGCAUCCAGAAGAUGAAACCCUGACAAUAAACGUUGUAUGUGGUGUUCUUUCGGGAGUAAUUUCAUCAUCUAUUGCCAACCCUACAGAUGUCUUAAAGAUCAGAAUGCAAGCCCAAGGUAGUAUGAUACAAGGAGGAAUGAUGGGCAACUUUAUAAAGAUCUACCAAAAGGAAGGCACUAAAGGAUUAUGGAAGGGAGUAUCCCUGACAGCACAGAGAGCAGCUAUCGUUGUUGGAGUGGAGCUGCCAGUGUAUGAUCUUAUGAAGAAGCACAUAAUCAUGUCUGGAUUUAUGGGAGACACAGUAUAUACUCACUUCGUCUCAAGUUUUACGUGUGGAUUAGCUGGAGCCAUUGCAUCUAACCCAGUUGAUGUUGUGAGGACACGCAUGAUGAAUCAGCAAAGCCAACGAAAUGGGACACACUCAAGCUACAAGGGUACUUUGGAUUGCUUGUUACAAACGUGGAAGAAUGAAGGCUUUUUUGCUUUAUAUAAAGGAUUUUGGCCAAACUGGUUGAGACUUGGUCCUUGGAAUAUUAUUUUCUUUUUGACAUAUGAACAGCUGAAGAAAUUAGACUUCUGAUGUGUUGAACUGUUAUGAAUUCUGUUUGUGCUGUUUGAAUUUAGAGUAACUUAAAUUGUUCUUGAGUACCUUCUCUGUCUGAGAUGCUGGCAAAAGAAGUUCAUCACAAGAUUACUGUAAAUUAGGACUUCCUAGAAGUGACUUCAAGACAAACACUGGCUCCUGUAACAACUCUCACAUGGUUUGAUGGAUGCUGUGCACUACUUCCAAGACUGAACCAAACUUACUGGAAUACUUUGUCAACUGUUUAAGUGCUCUUGAACGUGAAGAUCUGCAUUGCAACUUGAAAGUGUUCUUGCUGUUGCUUGUUUUAGGGUCUUUUUUUUUAAUGGGAAAGAACAAUCUUUCUCUGAAGGUAGACGGGUAGUGCCAAGGAACAGGGCUUUUCCUGUCUUCUGAAUGUGUAAUAUUUGUGGCUGCAAUAAUGGCUCUUUAGAAGCUCCAAAGAUAUAAACUUGGCUAGACAUCUUUGCUAUUCAGUUUAGCAAAAUACCU